UCUCGCACACAUUGGUCAGUAAGAAGAGAACGGGGAUAAAGACUCCAACAUGGCUGAAGAGGAAGGAAGCGAGUUAACUUCUGGGGGGAUUUUUCAGGAAAUCUUCACGUCUCCGCUUAACUUGACCCUGCUCAGCCUCUGCUUGUUCCUCCUCUACAAAAUCUUCCGCGGGGACAAGCCGCCGGACUUCGGUGAGAUGGAGAAACCGCUGCCAAAGAUGAAGAAGAGAGACUUCACCCUGGCAGAGUUGAAGCCCUACGACGGACUGCAGGACCCUCGGAUCCUCAUGGCUGUCAACGGAAAAGUGUUUGACGUCACCAGAGGGAAGAAGUUCUACGGACCAGAGGGGCCGUAUGGAGUGUUUGCGGGCAGAGAUGCGUCCAGAGGUCUGGCUACCUUCUGCCUGGAGAAAGAGGCCCUGAAGGACGAACACGACGACCUCUCGGAUCUGAACGCCAUGCAGCAGGAGAGCCUCUCUGAGUGGGAGUCUCAGUUCACCUUUAAGUACGAUUACAUCGGCAAGCUUCUGAAACCAGGAGAGGAGCCCACGGAGUACACCGACGACGAGGAGGGGAAAGACAAGAAGACGGACUAGAAAAGUGAUCAAAAGGGAAACACUAGCGAUGCCUUAAUGUUUGUAAUGUUUUGAUGCCUCCUGUUUAGGGCAAAUCUUCCACCUUCUUUGGACCAAUCCUGGAUUUUAUAAGACGACAGGCUGGACUUCCAUUUAUCUACAUUUAUAUUUUUAAUGAAGGCACUAACGGUUAAAUUAAACUAAUGUAGAGCUGUGUAAUGUUGUUAGAGUGUAGAGCAGUUACUGGAGAGUUAAAUAUUGAUCCUCGGACUGAUUCCAGCUUCUUUAUGGAGCAGGUUGACCCUAAAUAUCCGAAAUAAUCUGAGAUUACGCAGUUUGGCAAAAGGUUCCAUCCAAGGAUCCCUGCAAGUCAUUUAAAUACAAGAAUGAUAUGUUGAAGGUCUGAAGGAAAAUUCAGGUAGAAGCGUGAGUCCAAACUAAGGCUUGUUUCGUUUCUUUUUCUUUGUUUUUUUUUUUUUUUUUUUAAUAAAAUAAAAGCUCUUGUCGAAUUAAAAAGUGAGCGGGACCCAUGACUGGGAGCAAAAGGACCGUGAUGUUUGACCUAUGACGACUCAACCUGAUGAUCCAUAUCGUUGCUUCCAGUUUAAUGUUCGCUUCGCUUGUUCACGGUGGCAGCACCACAAAAUUAGAAACCAUCUCGUUUCAGCUUCUCAUAUAAUAAGAGGACGUGCUUCUUUUUUUUUUUUUGUACAAUUUCCUUUGGAUUUUAGGUCAAAUGACAUGUAAUGUGCAAUGAUUUUGUUAAAAAAAAAAAAAAACGAAACGAUGAGGUUGAUCACUGUGGUUCAUCACAUUAUGCAGAGCAAGGUGUCAAAAUUCAUACAAAUGGCUUCUCACACAACAACACUGAAGAUAAACUGCUGUUUUACAUAAACAUUUUACAACAAACGUUCCCGUUCUGCUGAUGGUUUGUUUACAUUAUUUUUAACACUAAAUCCAGGAUGGAGAAAGAGCAUAAAACAACUUCUUGUAGGUUGGAUCAGCCAAGUUUUUCGUUUUGUUUCAUGAACUAAUCAUCAGGAAAAGAAUCGUUAAACUCUGGUGCCGUCUGAAUACACGUCCUCCAAACAUUCCUGUGGAGAUGAAUUAAUUUAUAAAGCAGAACUUGGAAGGAACAGGAGAGAAGAAAUGAAUGCUGUUAAUAUUCCUCUUUAUCGCUGUAACUUUCCAUAAAAAAACACAUUUAGUGAGGGAAUAUUUUUCAGGAGGCAUGUACAUAAUACUCAUGUUACUGUCAUACUGUUAUAAUCCUCAAAUCAUAUUUCGAUUUAAUAAAGAACGAUGAAACAAAGA